AUGGGUCGCGUACGUACCAAGACUACCAAGAGAGCCUCUCGCGUUGUCAUUGAGAAGUACUACCCUCGUCUCACGUUGGACUUCCAAACCAACAAGAAGAUCAUUGAUGAGGUUGCCAUCAUUGCCUCCAAGCGUCUCCGCAACAAGAUCGCUGGAUACACGACUCAUUUGAUGAAGCGUAUCCAACGUGGCCCCGUCCGCGGUAUCUCCUUCAAGCUUCAAGAGGAGGAGCGUGAGCGCAAGGAUCAAUACGUUCCCGAGCACUCUGAGCUCGACGUCGAGAAGGUUGAGGUUGACCAAGAGACCAAGGACUUGCUCCACGCUCUUGGUUACGACCAGGUCCCUACCACUGUUGUUGCUCCUGUCCGUCAAGAGCGUAACUUCCGUUACAACAGACACUAG